UAGGAGCUUAAAGCAAGAAGCGUUACUACCAUGGCCGAUAACACUGAAUUACAGUCUGGAUACGACUAUCAGUUUGUCGUACAAGUACCUGAAGACUACAUUUGUAGUAUUUGCAAUCUUACAAUGCGAAAACCCGUACAGACAAGAUGUGGACAUCGAUUUUGUAAGGACUGUUUACACGUGAGCUUAGGAAGAAAACGAGAGUGUCCGCUGGACAAGAAUAAUCUCACUUUUAAACAAGUAUUUGAUGAUGUAGCAACAGAGAGAAAAAUCCUUUCCCUCAACAUAAAAUGCCAUAACCAGGGCUGUAAAUGGCAGGGUCAACUAAAAGAUGUUAAGAAUCACGAAAGAACAUGUUCAMAGACAACUGUGCCCUGCUCCUAUGCCACUUAUGGAUGCAAAUUUGAGGGACCAAGAAGAUCCUUAAACAAUCAUUAUAGGAACAGCUUGGCAGAACAUCUCUCCAUCACGACACAACAACUCUUGCCUCUUCAAGAUGACAACAAGAAACUUAAAAGAAACAUUAAAAUGAUGCAAGAUGACAACAAGAAACUUAAAGGAAACAUGAAAAUGGUGCAAGAUGACAACAAGAAACUUAAAGGAAAUGUUAAGAUGCUGCAAGAUGAGAACAAGAGACUUCAGGARCAAAUGUUGGAACUUAAAGACRAUCAAUCAAGUUGCAGUUACCUCUGGAAAGUCAACGAUUUCAGCCAACAGCUACAUCUUGCAAAGCAGCAAAACCGUGACAUCAUACUGUACAGUGAACMGUUCUACACUCACAAGUAUGGGURCAAACUGAAACUGAUGUUAUAUCCUAAUGGAGUUGGUGCUGGCAAGGGUACCCAUGUAUCAGUAUUCAUGAUUAUCAUGCGAGGUGAAUACGAUGCAAUAUUGACCUGGCCAUUUAAUUGGAAAUACAAGUUUACCCUGCUUGACCAGAGACCAGACCAUGUCAACCGGAAAAAUAUCGAUAGUAGUUUCGUUGAUCCUGAUGCUGUAAGUGAUGCUACGAGCUUCCAAAGACCAACAACAARUAUGAAUGCAGGGUAUGGAUAUCCUUGUUUUGUUUCUCAUGAUACUUUAAARACGRAGAACUACGUUCARGGUGGAGUCCUUUUCAUCGAAGYUCAGCUAGAAAGUCCUUCUCCACAAAGAUGAGAUAAUUUCAAGGACAAAUGGCCAUUUAAUUGCAAAUUCAAGUUUACCCUGCUUGACCAGAAAACACACCACACUACCAGGAAAACAAUUACUAAAGGAUUCGCGACGCCCGAUAUCAAUUUGCCUAAUUUUCAAAGACCAACAACAGGUGAUGAUCAGGGAAUGGGAUAUGACAAAUUUGUAUCUCAUGGAACAUUAGAUACUGAGAGCUAUGUUGUUGAUGGCGCACUUUUCAUCAAGUUUGAGUUGGAGAAUCCUUCGCCACAAAACUAAUAUAAGAUGAUUUCAAGCCGGACCAAGCGCCGAUCUUAACAAUUACAUGUACACAGGAAGACCAAACUAAGACCGAAAUAAGUUUGUCAGUAUUGCUGAAACUAGAAAAGUUGAUCAAUUUACAGAUUCUGUAAAUAUACUGUAAACUAUUCAUUUUAGGAACAGCAAAAGUAGGUAACAGUAUUACUAUGGACCAAACUAUCUAUAAACAGUGAUGCAUGAUUACCACAAACUCUCAGUAAAAAUGGAAUGAGUCAUGGGUCUCCUGAAUGGAUCGGUACUGAUUUGUAGAUAUAUCAUAAUCACAAAAGAAUUCUCUAGAUUGUUACCUUUAAUUGUCUAAAUUGAGGUUUAGUAUUAGUAAAAAUACAAACUUAUGAACUAGGUUAAAAUCAAGCUAAUGAACUGAAACAUGAAAAAUAGACCAACUCGAAUAAACAUAAACUAAUUUA